GUAAGGAAUACCGGUCAGUUUAAUAGAUCGGGGAGCUGCAGGAUGAUUGUCUGAAACGGAUAUACAUGGGCAUUCAUUGAACAUUGUGUGGUCUUUGAGUCCUGAUCAUUGACUAAGCGAGAGGGAGCAUGUUUUAGGCCACACAUGGCAUUAGCACCAAAAUGAGUUUGUUUGGUUCAGGAGGAGGCUUUGGGACUGGAGUGUCUAGCAUGUUUGGCAGUACAGCAACAGACAACCAUAAUCCCAUGAAGGAUAUUGAAGUUACAUCUCCACCAGACGACAGUAUUGGAUGCCUAUCAUUCAGUCCACCAACCCUACCUGGAAACUUCCUGAUUGCAGGGUCAUGGGCCAAUGAUGUACGUUGUUGGGAAGUUCAGGAUAAUGGGCAGACGAUUCCAAAAGCUCAGCAGAUGCACACGGGGCCUGUGUUAGAUGUCUGCUGGAGUGAUGAUGGAAGCAAAGUGUUUACAGCAUCAUGUGAUAAGACGGCCAAAAUGUGGGAUCUAAAUAGUAAUCAGUCCAUACAAAUUGCACAGCAUGAUGCUCCAAUAAAGACUGUCCAUUGGAUUAAGGCACCAAACUACAGUUGUAUCAUGACUGGAAGCUGGGACAAAAGUUUAAAGUUUUGGGACACUCGCUCUCCAAACCCGUUAAUGACUCUUCAGUUACCGGAGCGCUGUUACUGUGCAGAUGUGGUAUUUCCCAUGGCUGUUGUUGCCACUGCAGAACGAGGCUUAAUUGUUUACCAGUUGGAAAAUCAGCCUUCUGAGUUCAGGCGGAUAGAAUCUCCACUAAAACAUCAGCAUCGCUGUGUUGCCAUAUUUAAGGACAAGCAGAACAAACCAACUGGCUUUGCCUUAGGAAGCAUUGAAGGAAGAGUUGCCAUCCACUAUAUCAACCCUCCAAAUCCAGCCAAAGACAACUUCACAUUUAAAUGCCACAGAUCUAAUGGGACAAACACCACAGCUCCCCAAGACAUCUAUGCUGUAAAUGGUAUCGCUUUCCACCCUGUACAUGGUACUUUGGCCACGGUUGGCUCUGAUGGCAGAUUUAGCUUCUGGGACAAAGAUGCUAGAACCAAACUGAAAACAUCAGAGCAGCUAGACCAACCCAUAUCUGCAUGCAGCUUCAAUCACAACGGAAACAUUUUUGCUUAUUCUUCCAGCUAUGAUUGGUCAAAGGGGCAUGAGUUCUAUAAUCCACAAAAGAAGAACUAUAUAUUUUUGCGGAAUGCAGCAGAAGAAUUAAAACCAAGGAAUAAGAAAUAAUGGAAAAGAAUAUCUACAUGGAUUAAAGACAUUUAUCAUCUAAUCCUAGCUCAGCACUUAAAACAUACACAAACAUUCUGUGCUGAAAUUUGUUAGCAGCUCUGUAGGUGUAAAAUCCUAAUUCUACUCAAAUACGUAAGGAAGGACGCCUAUGGGACAGAAAUAUGAAUAAUUGCCCGCUCUGCAGCCACAAACCUUCAGGUUUUUUUUUUUUUAUUUAAUGGAUCUGUACUUGGUGUGUUUGAAGCCAGCAUGCCAAUAUAGACAUAAAGAGGAUCUGCCUUAACGUAUGCCAGAAUUAUUUGGCGUUUUGUUCUUUUAUUUUCUAUUUGAAUAAAGUCCUUUUUAUUAAACGGUGAA